AAGAAGUUUUAUCAGAAGAAAUAAAUUUCUUAAAUAUAAACGAUAUAGGUUUUAAUCCAAAUAAAUAUCGAACUCAAAAAGCUAGUAUAAAUAUAAAUUUAUUUAUUCAAGCUUUAAUUAAGGAAGCUAGAGUAACUAAUUCAAAUAUAUCUGAAAUUCUUUGA